AUGGCGGACGUUCAAAAUGUAUUAUAUAUAAAAGAGUGGAUGACUAAAGAACCUCAUCUACCUUCGGAUCUUGAUGAUUUCGUCAUCACUAAGUUUCUUCACAGUUGCUAUGGAAGCUUGGAGAAAACUAAGAAGUGUAUAGACAACUUCUGUUCUACUAGAUCUAGGUUAUCAGAGAUAUAUACUUCGCGAGAUCCUCAGUCUCCUAAUGUACACUCAGCUUUAUCACUCAUGAUCGGUGGAUCUUACGUGUGUGGCAAUAACGAAGUUAUAAUAAACAAAUUCGACGACCCAACAUUAGAAAGAUUCGCAUUCUACGACAUGCUGAAAGCUCUUUGUAUGACGAUGGAUUACUGGAUCCAAUAUUCACCGCACCUCCUCGACGAACACUUACUGGUUGUUGAUAUGACGAACAUCACUAUGAAAAUCAUACCCAAAUUAAAUAUCAUGUAUUUAAGAGAUUUCAUAGUAUUUCUUCUGCAAGGUUUACCAGUACGUGUUAAAAGAAUAGUUGCUGUUAAUGCUCCAUCUUUUUACGAUAAAAUUUUCGCCUUCAUAAAACCAGUGUUGCCAGCAGAAGUUUGUGAUAUUAUACAUUUCUACACAGAUUAUGAAAGUCUGCAUAAAAUUGUAGAUAAGAAAUGUUUGCCGAUUGAAUAUGGAGGUGAGGGGCAAAGUAUUUAUGACCAGAAUAAAGAAUGGAUACAGAAUAUAGAGAAAGAAAGGAAAAUGUACUUGAAUGAUAACCUGUGGAAAGCGGAUUUGAAAAAGAAAAUGAAAAGCAGCGCUCAGGAUAACACGAUGAAUGGCUCGUUUAGGACCCUUCAAAUAGAUUAG